AUGGUGCCGCAUCCGAUAUUCGUGAUGAACGCUGAGACGUCUCGUUACUACAUCGACAACCUGUACACGCAAGACAACGCGAAAUGCUAUCAGGCGCUCAACUUUGUCAAGAACUCCAUCAUGGGCAGCAACAGGCAGAAGGGUAUGGUCAUCGCCAACGGCAUACUCCCCCGGCUUUUGCAGGUGUUACCUGACCAAACAAAAACACCAGAUAUCCGUCUGGAAACUGUAGUAAUACUUGGCUCAUUAGCCAAAGGAUCUGAAGAACAAGUUAAGUCACUGGUGGAAGCCAAUGUUGUGACUUAUAUAUUCAACGCUUUCCUUAUGGACGAUGAACCAAAGUUUACAGAAGCGUGUCUUCGUUGCAUAUGUACCAUUCUUCAAUUUCCAUUUUCUGAUUAUUCUGUAGUGUUUAGUGAUGCAGCAAUUAUAAGAAAGCUGAUUAAAACUAUUGAAGAGUCUAUUAGCAACAGUAUUUGUGCCAUGUCUAUACUAUCUUAUUCUUGUCGUACAACAGCUCAUCAAAAUACUCUAUGGGAAGAAGGAAUUGGCUAUAUUUUGGCUAAUCUACUGAACACUGAACUGGAUGAUUUGUCCAUUGCCACAUUGAAAUGUUUUGCUCGUGUUUGCCAAGAUAACCCAAUGAUUUCUGCAGCUCUAGAAGAGACUGAAUAUAAUGGCAAGACAAUGCCAGAAAUGUUGGACUCAAUGCGAGGUGGUGACCGACCAACUAGUAUGCGUUUAGCUGCAUCAAAAUGCAUUACAUGCCUUUAUAGAGCAGGAGCAUUAGAAGUUAAUGAUUCUAAAGUAAUGUUUGGAGCAUUGCCAACUCUUGUGCGUUUAUGUCAAAACGACCAAAAAUGGGAACAUCGCGUAGAAGCAGCUGAAAUUUUAGCUGUACUCAUUGAGGAUGAUGCUGAACUUCAGUCGUUAGCUAGCAUAUCAAAUCACCUGUUACAAACACUAGCAGAGUUUGUGAAUUAUCCAGCACAUCCCUUAGGAGAAUAUGGUGGCACUUUUGGAGAACAUAGAUCUAAAGAAAUGAAGCAAGCUGCUUUCAAAGUAUUUGCAUCUCUUGGGGCAAAUGAUGAAGAAAUUCGUAAGCGAAUAAUUGAAACUGACAAUUUAAUUGAUCACAUUGUUUUAGGCUUGAAAGAUCCUAGCCCUAAAGUGCAAUUAGCUGCUGUCCGAUGUUUACACUCUUUGUCACGUUCUGUCCAGCAACUACGCACAACUUUUCAAGAUCAUUCUGUUUGGAAACCUUUAAUGGCAUUAUUAGAAGGUGCUUCGGAUGAAAUUCUGAGUGUCACCUCGUCUACACUAUGUAAUCUUUUAUUAGAAUUUUCACCGUCUAAAGAACCCAUUUUAGAGUCUGGAGCUAUAGAAUUAUUUUGCAGUUUAACCAAACGAGAUGAUCAUUCAUUGAGACUUAAUGGGAUAUGGGCGUUAAUGAAUAUGGCUUUCCAAGCAGAACAAAAAAUUAAAUCCCAAAUCCUAAGUACUUUGGGAACUGAUCAAAUAUUCAAUUUGUUGUCUGAUUCUCAUAUCAACAUUCUAAUGAAAACAUUAGGGCUGUUAAGAAAUUUGCUUUCGACAAAACCCCACAUUGAUUAUAUUAUGAACCUCUGUGGUGGUGAUAUAAUACAGGCUGUGAUGAUGAUUCUCGAAGGUGAUAACAUGCCCGAGGUAAAAGAACAGGCAUUGUGUAUUCUAGCCAACAUUGCUGAUGGUGACAUUGCCAAAGAUUACAUAAUGAGAAACAACGAGAUCUUGAAAAAAAUUCAAGAAUACAUGACAAACUGUAAUGCAAAAUUACAAGCUGCAGCAAUAUUUUGUGUAUCAAAUCUUGUAUGGAAAGAAGAUAGUGGUGCUGCCGACAGACAAGCAAAGUUAAAGGAAAUGGGUAUUUUUAAAUUAUUGCAGCAAUUGAUAACAACAUCAGAUUCACUAUUAUUUGACAAAGUCAAAACUGCAUUGACCCAGUUUUCUGACUCUUGA